AUGGGUACCAAACGCGACUGGGAAGGCCAGCCACUCGAGCUCAAUCCUCACGACGAAAGUAUGGCAGAGGCAGAGGCAGAGGCAGCACCUUCAAUCCUGUCAAUCUUUGAAAACUUUCGCGAUGAGCUGGACGAGCACCAUGACCGCCGCGAGCGUAUCAUCAAGAAAAGCCGCGAUAUUACCGCCCUGAGCAAGAAGAUUAUCUUCGCCCUUCAACGAGUCCGCGCAACAAACCAACCCCUCCCACCCAAAAUCGCCCAAGAAAACCAAACCCGCUUCGACCAAAUCCAUGCACUGUUCGAAGGUAUCAUCCCCGAGCAACUAGGCAUCAAUGGCUGGCGAUACCAGCGCCAAAUAAGUGCCGGAAUUCAAGAAUUUAUCGAAGCCAUCUCCUUCGACCACUACCUGCGCACGCAAACGCUAAUCACCCACGCCGAGUGCUCCGCCCGCGUCCCACCGCAAAUCCUCGUUUCAGAAGAAGACUACCUAAUGGGCCUCUACGAUCUUACAGGAGAGAUGAUGCGCUUCGCGGUUUUAUCACUGAGCUCUGGAAACGCAACUGCUACCCAGGCAAUUAAGAACACAGGAACCGACAUCGAAAAAUCAGCGGUCGCAUCGUCGCAGGGCGGCAUCGUGGUUGAUCUGCGUGCUAUGCGCGCAGGUUUCGAGGCGCUCAGUGUGCCACAGCGGCAUUACAUGUUCCGAGAUAUGGCGAAGAAGUUGGACGUGAUGCAGAACAGUGUGGAGAAGGUUGAGCGAGCAGCGUAUGGAAUUGUCGUUCGGGGAAGUGAGAGGCCGAGUGGGUGGACGCCUGAUAUGUCGGGCUCGGUGGAGGUGGCAUCCUAUUAA